GCGGCUGCGCAGUGUCGGCACAUCCGGGCACUGGGGCAGGAUGAGCGCUCCUUUCCAAGAUGGCGGCGGAGGGAGGUGGGAAGGAGAUGAACGAGAUUAAGACCCAGUUCACCACCCGGGAGGGGCUGUACAAGCUGCUGAGCCACUCGGAGUACAGCCGGCCUAACCGCGUGCCCUUCAACUCGCAGGGCUCCAACCCCGUCCGCGUCUCCUUCGUCAACGUCAACGACCAGAGCGGCAACGGGGACCGGCUCUGCUUCAAUGUGGGCCGGGAGCUCUACUUCUACAUCUACAAGGGGGUCCGCAAGGCUGCGGACUUGAGUAAACCAAUAGACAAAAGGAUAUACAAAGGAACACAGCCUACAUGCCACGACUUCAAUCACUUAACAGCCACAGCAGAAAGUGUGUCUCUUCUAGUGGGCUUCUCUGCAGGCCAGGUCCAACUUAUAGACCCUAUUAAAAAAGAAACUAGCAAAUUAUUUAAUGAGGAAAGACUAAUAGACAAGUCCCGAGUAACCUGUGUAAAAUGGGUACCAGGUUCGGAAAGCCUUUUCCUAGUAGCUCAUUCCAGUGGCAAUAUGUACUUGUAUAACGUGGAGCACACUUGUGGUACCACAGCCCCGCACUACCAGCUACUUAAACAAGGAGAGAGUUUUGCAGUGCACACUUGCAAGAGUAAAUCCACAAGAAACCCUCUGCUUAAAUGGACAGUAGGUGAGGGUGCCCUGAACGAAUUUGCCUUUUCCCCUGACGGGAAGUUCUUGGCGUGCGUGAGCCAGGAUGGUUUUCUUCGCGUGUUUAACUUUGACUCGGUGGAAUUGCAUGGUACAAUGAAAAGCUACUUUGGAGGACUGCUGUGUGUGUGUUGGAGCCCCGAUGGGAAGUACAUAGUGACAGGAGGAGAGGAUGACUUGGUGACAGUUUGGUCUUUCGUGGACUGUCGAGUCAUAGCGCGAGGCCACGGACACAAAUCGUGGGUCAGCGUGGUGGCCUUUGAUCCGUACACCACCAGUGUAGAAGAGAGCGACCCCAUGGAAUUUAGCGGAAGCGAUGAGGAUUUCCAAGACCUUCAUUUUGGCAGAGAUCGAGCAAAUAGCACACAGUCCAGACUGUCCAAAAGGAACUCUACAGACAGUCGUCCAGUAAGUGUUACGUAUAGGUUUGGUUCGGUAGGCCAGGACACGCAGCUGUGUUUGUGGGAUCUUACAGAAGAUAUCCUCUUCCCCCACCAACCUCUGUCAAGAGCAAGGACACAUACAAAUGUCAUGAAUGCCACAAGUCCACCUGCGGGAAGCGGUGGAACUAACCCAGGAAGUAAUGGAAACAGUAUCACAACACCUGGAAACUCUGUACCCCCUCCUCUUCCGCGGUCAAACAGCCUUCCACACUCUGCAGUCUCAAACGCUGGCAGUAAAAGCAGUGUCAUGGAUGGUGCCAUUGCUUCUGGCGUUAGUAAAUUUGCAACCUUAUCGCUACACGAUCGGAAGGAAAGACACCAUGAAAAAGAUCACAAGAGAAACCAUAGCAUGGGACAUAUAUCUAGCAAGAGCAGUGACAAACUGAACCUAGUUACUAAAACCAAAACGGACCCAGCUAAAACUUUGGGAACACCUCUCUGUCCCCGAAUGGAAGAUGUUCCCUUGUUAGAGCCUCUUAUCUGUAAAAAGAUAGCACAUGAAAGACUGACUGUGUUAAUUUUUCUUGAAGACUGUAUAGUCACUGCUUGUCAGGAGGGAUUUAUUUGCACAUGGGCAAGGCCUGGUAAAGUGAGAUAAAGUAUGCAGUACCAAAAAUCAGGAUUUAUGUAUUGGCCAAUAUGGAAAACUUUAACUACAGGUAAGUAAUUUUCAUGCUGAAGUUAUCACUUUCAAAAUUAAUAUAUUGCACACUGAUGUAAAUGCCAUAUUCUUUAGGAUGUAUUUACUUAGAAAUUUACAAAUUAUUUUGUUUUUUUGAUUUCACUUGCAUUUCUAGUGAGCUCACUCUGCUGGUAAAAACUAAAUUUUGGUGGCAUGUUUACAGGGCUUUGUUAGGAAAAUACUUGUGCCAGAAGGACGUUAUGAGCAUCCUUUUUGUUUAUAGGAAAGCACUUAAUUUUAUUUAAUGAGAAUUGUCAAAGUAUAAAACACUCAUGGUGAUGUCUUUCUUACUGGGUUAUAUACCAUCAUUUCUGUUUCACCAGCUGUUUUAUCCUAGCAUGUCCCAUUACUCUGGGGUUUAAAGUUGCUAUUUCUAGUCUUCCUUUGACAUAUGGCUCCCCAAGUGAUCUUAAAGCUCUGUCACUUUUUUGUCUGCCAACUCUAUAGAGUAAAAGCCUCUGAAUCUUGCUGCUGCUUCCAUCAUUGCCUCAGAAGGCCUUCAUUAAAUUGGUGCCACUGCCAGCCUGAAGAAAGAAUUGGAUGGAAAAGCAAAGGAGGCUUGCAGUGUCUAAUGUAAUUGCCAUUGAGCAGUGCUACCUCUCCCUCUCAUUUCCAACAGCCAUCAAAACAUGUGCUGGAUAAUUUGACAGUGUAUGACAAAUUCUGUUUAUUUUUCUGGUUGGGCUUGUGCUGCCCUGAGUGGAAAAUAAAUCCAGAAGUGUCUGUUCAGCCAUGAUCCCUGUGAUAGUUGAUAGUCUGUGCAUUGCUGACGUUGUCCUGACAGUUUGUUUAUAAACUUUCCAAAUUACUGCUUCAGUGUGUACAGAAUCAUACCUUGAGCUUCCUCACGGGAUGUGCUGUUCUUGCAUUGCACUUCCAGAACUGCUCUGCCAACUCCCAGUCAGUGAAGUGAAGUGAAUGGCAAAAUUCAAUUAGAAACAAGUUGGAUGAAGUUCAGGGUUCAUUAGUUUCAAUUUUUUAUUCUUUUUUUUUUUUUUUGUGAGCUGAUUUCUGUGAAAGGUUCAGGGCGGUCAGAAAAAUAGGUUGCCUUAACAAGAGUGUGAGCUCUUCUCCUCAACAUGGUGACAAUUAGCUGUCAUCUCUCACCCCUGUCUUUGCCAGGCCCUGAUGGGAAACCUAAACAGGGUUACAGAACUGUUGGAUUAAUCUAGAAAUAUAGAAACAGAAUUUGGAAGGAAUAAAAGUAAACUUUAUUGUGCUAUCUUUAUAGCUACGUCAAUCUGAAUUACAGGAUCUGCGGAAGCAAUUAAAAAACUCCAACAAAAGCAACCCACAAAACCCCAAAGUGGUACUUGGAUAUGCAAAAUAAGUUUUCUCUGAACUCAGUGGUCAGAGUAACUGCUCACAUGAUUUCUGUGUUGGGCUUCAGAACUGACUGUUCACUGUCUGUGCAGUGACUCCAUUUUCUGGGAGUGAAAGUUGCUGGGGAGUUCCUGUGUCAGAAAGCUCAAGGUAAGAUUGGCCAGAAGCACCCCCGGGUGAAAUGGCAGUGUAUAACCUAGCAAGAGAAACAUCCUACCACUUUGUAAAACAAAUGCACAUGGAAUUUAUUUAUUUGACUUAUUGUACAGGAAAACUUAGACUUAAAUUAUAACAUCCUUGAAUUUUCUAGUUAACUACAAUUGUAGUACAGUAUCAUGUUUUAGUAUGGCUUCUGUUUUAGUGAAAGUACUUAAACAUUCAUGUACUAUAUUUGAGUGAGACAAGCAGCUAUACAUACUAAUUCUUCCUCAGUGGAAAGGAGCAUUUCAUCAUUACAAUUGAAGUUCAAUUGCUGGUAUUUAAGUACUAUCAAAUAGAUUUCUUUCAACGUGAUACGGUAUCUGUAUAAACUUCAGGGAUGAUUAUAGUUAAACUGAAACACAGCUAUACAACUUCAGGUUACCAUGCUAAAAUUGGAAGCUUUCUGUAAUGUGCACAGUAGCAAAGUUGCACAUGGCAUACCCACAUUAUCAGGGUGAAUUAAACCUAGAGUACACUGGUGUGAUAUUUAUAGCAAGGUGUGUGUGUGUGCGUGUGUGAGGAGGUGUGACAAGGGGAGACCAUAACCCUGGAAAGGCAUUAUGAUGAGCAUGUCUGGAUUAGGAAAUAACAUGACUUUUACUAAACACUUUCUAGAAAACCCAUGUUCUGAAUUAUCACCUCUUAAAAUUUGAGUAUGUACUUGGAAUGACUGUAUAUGUCGGCCCCUUUAACAACAUAAAACUACUAAAUUAAUAUUUAAAUUGCUGGCCUGCUUAUGUUACAAUAAUAAAAUUUGUGUCAGUUAAUUUACUGUCAAUUUACAUGUAAAGAUUAAACUAUUUUUUCUGCAUUUUAUGAUUCUGUAUACUGGAGUUUGUUAAAGAUUGACAUGUUAGGUGAUACUGUACAAAAUUGUAUUGACUACCUUUAGUGAAAAUCAAAAGUAAAAUUCAUAUGUAUUUCCUUUUUACACUUCCAUCUAAUUUCUUGACAACUUGAAUAAAUUUCAUAGAGCCUUUCUAACAUGAACUAUUGUUAAUUUAACUGUUGCAAUAAUUAAGCUUUAAGAAGUAUUGUUGGUAUAUUUAUAAUUUUAAGAAGAUCAUGUUUGUUUCAUACUGCUUAUUUUUAGCUGUUCUAUUGUCACUGUUACAGCUGAAGAACUUUACUAAAUACUUGACAUUACAAAAUAACUUGCUGGGGUUGUCCUCUGUAUACUGAUGUUAAAUAAAAAUGUGUGAUUGAACUGUAAA